UACAGUUGAACAUUUCCAAGUCUCACAAUCAACGUUUCUCAGACCGAUCUUACGAUCCUGACACCCCCAGUUGUCUCUCUAUCUACCAAUGGCAUCGCAUCGGACUCGGAAAUGGCAUAUGCGCCACCACUCGUGCUUUGUACUUGGCACCGACCAUCCAGAUCUGCAGGCGGGCGUUGUUCCUGUGGGUCCUGACCAGGAGUUGCUCGUCUGGGAACGAUUCGACCACUGGUCGAAAUGCACGCCAACACAUCACACGUCUGGGUCCUUGUCUAAGAGCCUCAGAGAUGCGGGCAGGGCUAACCUCAUGCUAACGGCCAAUGCCUUGUGUGUCCGCUUCUCUAUAGGCCUCGAACCGCCAACGGGCCCUUUUGGCCGACCGUUGCAGGAUGAUGCUGUUGGAGGGGUAGUCAUAAAGACACCCUUGGAUGCUGUUGGUCGAGAUGGAGCAGCAUCUUCAAGUUUUCGAUUCCUUAGACGGACCAACAUUUCAACGAUUCAUCCUUCCCUUCGUCCAUUGCCUAGCCAAUUGCAUUUUUUUCCCUGUGGUGUGACUUGGAUCUGACUCUCUAAACAUCACCCAACUAAUUGUUCUCGUCUAUCGCGCACUGGAGGUAGCACAGCAGCCGCCACCAGAAUUUUAUAUUCUCCCACACCGACGCCACAGGAAGAGCCCAAGCGAGGCAUUGAGUGCCAGGGUUGCACUUGAACACCUCUACUUCUCCAAAUCCUAUCGAACACGCAGAUAUCGUGAUGUUCUAUAUCA